UAUAUCACUAUUUAUUUAUGUAUGAAAGUGUGCCUCUUAUAAUUUGACGGUGUAUACAAGAUGCUUACAAUCCGUCGUGCUUCUAUGUACGAUUUGAUCGGCACAUCUGAUUGUAAUCUGGUUAAUGUGAUUGAGAACUAUCAGAUGAAGUAUUACUUUUAUCACUUGUUAUCAUGGCCUCAACUUACUAAUAUCGCAGUAUCACCCAGUGGCUACGUCUGUGGCUAUUCCAUGGCUAAGCUUGAGGAGGACGUUGAAAACGCGGGUCAUUUGACAGCUGUUGGCGUUCUACGUUCAUAUAGAUACAUGGGCAUAGCAAAGAAUGUUAUUAAGCAGACACACAAUGCUAUGAACGCCAUUUAUGCUUGUACUGCGGUCUACCUUUUCGUACGUGUUUCUAACUGGGCGGCAUUUAACAUGUAUAAGCACAAGUUUGGUUACGUCAUUGAUGAGACUGUGCGGGAAUACUUCCACGACAAGGAAGACGCUUAUUCCAUGAAGCAUACAUUUGCAGAUUCUAGAGCAAACAAGGGUGGAAGCAAUCGUAGUUCAGCAGAGCGCGGGAAGAGCUCUGUAUAGUUUGACGCGUGACAUUGGUGGCCUCAUAGUUGUAUCGUAUGGCCAAACAACACAAAUUUAACACUGUUUAUUAUUGC